UUUUCAGGGUGUAGCUCUGACCUGAGGGUGGUGCUGGUGGGUCAGGAGAGAGUGGGGAAGAGCUCAGCAGGAAACACCAUCCUGGGAAAGAAGGAGUUCCACUGUAAGUUCAGUUCCUCACCUCUGACGCUGAGCUGUGAGAAGAGAGAAGGUGAUGUUCAGGGUCGCAGAGUCUCUGUGGUCGACACCCCCGGACUCUUCAGCUCUCAGCUGUCUGAGGAGCAGGUGAAGACACAGCUGGAAGAAGCACUAAAGCUGAGCUCUCCAGGUCCUCACGUCUUCCUCCUCACCAUCCAGCUCGGAAGAUUCACUGAACAGGAAAAGAAAGGUCUGAAGACUCUGGAGAAGAUGCUGAGUCCUAAUGUCUCUGAACACACCAUGGUGCUGUUCACCUACGGAGACCGACUGGAAGACACUGACAUUGUUCAGUUCAUCAGAGAAGACAAGAACCUGCAAGAGCUGCUGAAGAACUGCAGCGGCCAGUACCAGGUGUUCAACAACAAAAAGAUGGAGGACAGGGAUCAGGUCAAAGAGCUGUUUGACAAAAUAGAUUCAGUCUCUCAGGGAGGACGAUUGAUUUAUGAGAAAAGAUCUCAGUCAGUGAAUCCAAUGUUCAGAGUUUGGAGGAUGAUUUUUGAGAAAAGAUAUUGGUUAGUGAAUCUAAUCAUCAUAGUUACUGUUGGUUAUUUAAAACUAUCAUCAGACGUGUUUGAAUCUCUGAGUGAACAGAGGGAUGAUGAUUCAGAGUCUCCACCAGGCUGGUGUCACAAGGUGACAGGGGAGGAUUUACUGGGUGCACCAAGAUGGCUGCCUCCAGCUGCAACCAAUCAGCCUGUUAUUGACUCGCCCAUCAAAGCAGAUGUGCUGCAGGAGCUGUUGGGCCUGAGCGGGUGGCUGGCUGUUCCCUCGGUGGUGGCCCCUUCACUUUCCUCUACAGUGUGCACUGAGGUGUCAGCUGGUCAUCCUGCUGCUAAGCCCACAGCCCUGCUCCUUGUGCCUGUGUUCGAGUGUUUGGGCCUUGAAGAGACAAAGGGACAGGAGCUCAGGAUUGCACUUGUUGGGAAAACUGGAGUUGGGAAGAGCGCAGCAGGAAACACCAUCUUAGGGAGGAAGGCUUUUAAAUCUCAGAUGUCUUCGUCCACAGUGACAUCAGAGUGUCAGAAGGAAACAGGAGAUGUUGCUGGUCGAACACUGGCUGUUGUUGAUACUCCAGGUCUGUUUGAAACCAAGAAAUCUAACAAGGAGGUGAAGAAAGAGAUCGCUAAAGCCAUCUCAUUUGCUGCUCCUGGUCCUCAUGUGUUCCUGAUCGUGAUCCAGCCGAAUAGAUUCACUGAAGAAGAACGAAAAACAGUGAAAAUCCUUCAGGAGAUGUUUGGAAAAAAGUCAAGAAACUACACUAUGGCCUUGUUCACCCAUGGAGACGUCCUGAAGGAGGAGGGAGUCUCCAUAGAGACAUUCAUUAGUCAGAAUCAGCUUCUCCGUGACUUCAUCAGUCAGUGUGGUGGAGGUUACCAUGUGUUUGACAACAGAGACAAGGAUCUCCUUCAAGUCACUGAGCUGGUGAGAAAGAUCAACAUUAUGGUUCGGAGAAAUGGAGGAAGCUGCUACACCAAUGAAAUGUUCGAAGCAGCUGAGAGAGCCAUAAGAGAAGAAAUGGAACGUCUGUGGAGAGAAAAUCCAGAUAUUGAUCAGGAAGAAGCGAGAAGAAAGGCAGAGGAAGACAAUUCCUUUAUUAAGGUGGUUCUAAUGGGAGCUGCUGCUGGAGCUGCUGCUGGAGCUGUAGUGGGAGCUGGUGCUGGAGCUGCUGCUGGAGCUGCAGUGGCAGGUUUAGUUGGAGGUGUGGGGGGAGCUUCAGUGGGGGGUCCAGUGGGAGCUGGAGCAGGAGCUGUAGUGGGAAGUAAAGUGGGAGCUGGAGUGGGAGGUUUAGUGGGAGGUUUAGUGGGAGCUGUAGGGGGAGCUGUAGGAGGAGCUGCAGCUGCGGCAGUGAAUAAGGAGGCCUGCAUCAUACAUUCAGGGUGUAGCUCUGACCUGAGGGUGGUGCUGGUGGGUCAGGAGAGAGUGGGGAAGAGCUCAGCAGGAAACACCAUCCUGGGAAAGAAGGAGUUCCACUGUAAGUUCAGUUCCUCACCUCUGACGCUGAGCUGUGAGAAGAGAGAAGGUGAUGUUCAGGGUCGCAGAGUCUCUGUGGUCGACACCCCCGGACUCUUCAGCUCUCAGCUGUCUGAGGAGCAGGUGAAGACACAGCUGGAAGAAGCACUAAAGCUGAGCUCUCCAGGUCCUCACGUCUUCCUCCUCACCAUCCAGCUCGGAAGAUUCACUGAACAGGAACAGAAAGGUCUGGAAACUCUGGAGAAGAUGCUGAGUCCUGAUGUCUCUGAACACACCAUGGUGCUGUUCACCUACGGAGACCGACUGGAAGACACUGACAUGGAUCAGUUCAUCAGAGAAGACAAGAACCUGCAAGAGCUGCUGAAGAACUGCAGCGGCCAGUACCAGGUGUUCAACAACAAAAAGAUGGAGGACAGGGAUCAGGUCAAAGAGCUGUUUGACAAAAUAGAUUCAGUCUCUCAGGGAGGACGAUUGAUUUAUGAGAAAAGAUCUUGGUUAUUGAAUCUAAUGAUCAGAGUUUGGAAGAUGAUUUUUGAGAAAAGAUAUUGGUUAGUGAAUCUAAUCAUCAUAGUUACUGUUGGUUAUUUAACACUAUCAGUAACUUCUACAGAUGGUUGAGAGCCACAUAGAAUGAGAUGAAUCAAUAUACAGAAGUAAAUAUUUUUUCUCUCAUCAUGUCAGCCUGAACAGUUACCCACCAUUUUGAGUUCCCCUCUCCUACAAGUGAGAUCAGUUCAUUAUGUAACUUUAACAUGCAUGUAGUCAGAGACGUGCACAGACAUGUUGAGGGGCUGUUCCUGAAUAACGUAUAUGUUCAUUUAACCGACCACGAAUCAAGUUUAAAUGUAUCAACUGUUUUAUUCAAGAUGAAUAAAAAUGUAA